CGGAAAGGCUGCAGAUUGAGGCAGAGCGUUUAAGAGGCGGAACCUUUGUUCUGUGACUGAGGUUGUGGCGGGGAGAGAUUUUAGUGGGACACCAAGAUGGCGGUUUCUCUGUUUAUCCUCUUCGGCCGCGCAGCGCCGUUCAAGACUUUACAACUGCAAGCAUGGCGGCUUCGAAGUCUACCUUCUGCUGUUUCUCUCUGCACCAAACCAGAGGACUCUAAAAAAGUCUCUAAAAAAAAUGAAAGUGGUUCCAUAACUAACACUAAAGCAGAUACAGCUCAGAAGUUAUCAGAUGAAGAUCUGAGGAAAUUCUUGACAAGAAAAACUGUGGUAGCAUUUCCUCAGAGAGCAAACCACCCUUCUCUUGAAGGGGAGCCUGUUUUCUCCUCCACAAGAUACUUGAGCAAGAACUCAGAAGAGGAAGAAUCAUCCUCUUCAUCAGGCUCUGAAUCAGAUUCCAGUUCUGAUUCUGACGAAGAAGAAGGUGAUGAUAAUAAUAGCUUCAAAAAUAUCGUAAAAACCAAAGUAUCAUUUCCAAGGCGAGAUCCCAUCUCUUCUGGUGAUAGUGCAAUGAAUGCAAACAAAACCAGUGAAAAGUACUUUUCUCAAGAACAAGUCAAGAGUAAACAACAUGUGAAAGUCCCUCAUCAUCUGAAAACAACAGAGACUCCAAACAACCAAGAGCAGUUUUAUCAGGCCGCUCCUGAUGACAAAUUGUUAAAAACUGAUUUGGUGAAACCUGCUGUAAAACAAAGUCCUAAAGAGAGACCCUUAUACUGCACAGAUGUGGGAACAAGAAUUGUGGAAAAUCGAAGGUCAGCAGGAGUUACAUCUAAGCAAUUUGUGGCAUCUGUCCCUGAAACAGCUUCUAGUACAUUGCCUCUAACAAAACCCAUGCUUCACCAAAGUGUAGUGCAAAAUUUGACUUCACUACAACAGAAAGAAAGUGUGACUAAUGAAGUACAAAAGACAGAAAUGCAAAGAACAGCUUCAGUACUACAAGAAGUUUUGGAUGAUGGAAUCCCAGUAGCUGAAACAACAGAGAACGGGGAGACUUUCGUAGAAGCAGGAGUUCAGACUGAACAACAAAGCACUCUACAGGAAACAAAGCCACCAGUUGAAACUGCUCAAGAAACAUUUGACAUUUCUUCCUACAAGAACCUGCAGCAUCAUGAGUAUACACCAUACACAUUUGUGGAUUAUGAUGUUUUGCUUUCAGAACGGAGGUUGCCUCAGCCUUCAUCUGGGAGAUCAUCUCCAAGGCAUUGAAUCAAAUGUGAAAAUGCAAGAAAGUCUGACAGUGAAGUAUCAUCUGUUUUAAUUAAAAUACUUUAAUUGAAGUUCUUCACUUAUUUAAUAAAUAAAUACUCUUAGAGAUCAGCAUAAACUCUAAGUCACAAUGAGAGCAGCUGAUAUUAAAUUUAACUUGAUGUGCUUUCUCCAUCUUCUGCAACAUGUAAAAACAAAUGCCUAAUAUCAAAUCAAGAAAAAUAUAUGAAAAAGGAUUAUGUAGCCUUCUGGACAUAACAUUUUCUCUUUUGUCUGCUUUUUAUAAAUUGUUAAAACAGAAAUAUCAGAUACCUUAAGAGUUUGACAGCUUGUAGUUCUUUCCUAACACAUUAAAAAUAUUUAACAGUGAGAAAAUUAUCCUGAAUAAAAUAUACUCAAACAGU